UAAUGCAUAAGAUAUUAAGAUCAAUCAACUUAUUCAAAGGGUCAAGAUUUGCCAAUAAAUUACCUACAUAUUUAGAAAGAUUAAAAUAAUAGGAAGAAAUGGAUCGUAAAACUAAUUUAGAUGUUUUAAGAAGAGAAGUCUUUAAUGAUUCAAUCUAAUUACCUAUUAAAUUUGCUGCCUAUUAUAUUACUAAGUAUAUUUAAUUUUAUUAAUAGCUAAUAGACUUUUUGGGCUGAAUUAACUAGAUCUAUGAUUGAUGCAAGCAAUCAUUUAAUUUUAUUUGCAACCAAUUAUAUUAAUUAUGGUUAUUUUUAUCAUUUAUAUAUCAGGUCCUAAUAAAGAAUUUCCAUAUGGAAUAGAAAAAGUAAAACAUUUAGUUGCAUUAAUACCAUCUGCAUUAUUUUUAUAUUUUGGAGCCUCUAUUUCAUAUGAAUCAUUUCUUAAUAUAUAUAAUUAUGGUCAUUAUGUUGGUGAAAUACAUGGCAAUGCUUGGGGAUUAGCUGUAUAAUUAUUUUAUUAUAUGAUAGUUAUAUUUAUUAUCCAUAUGUAUAGAAACAAGUGUAGUCUUUAAAAAUAUAAGAGAUGCAUAAGCUGUAGAUUCAAAUGAUGAAACUAAAAAAGGAUUAUUUAAAUAAUUUCUAUCAGUAUUUUAAAAGAAAGAUCCAGUCUUAUAAGCUAUUCUUUAUGAAAAUGCUAUAACAUUGGGAUCUACAUUAAUUCCUUUAUUAUCUUCUGCAUUCACUCUAAUAUAUCCAACACAUGCAUUUGAAAUUGUAGGAUCAUUGGCAAUUGGUUUAAUUUAAUUGUAUUAUUAAAUCAUUAAUAUAUUUUUAAGAUAAUUAGCUUAUCAUUUGAGUGCUUAAAAUUUAAGUUCGUUAAUGGGUGAAUAAUCUAUAAGUGAUAUGGAAGUUAAGAAAAUAUUAGAAAUUAUUAAGCAAAAUUAAUAUGUUGAAAAGAUUUAGAAUGAAAAGGCUGUGAUGUUAGGUAGUAGAAAAUUUAGAUUUUCAGCUGAAAUCACAUUUAAUAUUAAAGUAUUUUUUAAUAUAUUGAUUAAAUUUAUAGUAAAUAAAUUAAGAUACUGAAUCUAAAUAUCUAGAGAGAUUUGAUAAAGUUAUUUAUAGUGAAUCUUAUAGAGAUAGAGAGGAAUAUCUAUCAGAAUUAUUAAGAGAAAUAUAAGAAUAUGUUCUUGCUAGUUUACAUAUAUAAGUAUAAGUAGAAAAAUAAUAAUAUAGAUAUAAAAAAUAGAAAGUGCAAUUAGAAAUGAAUUUCCUAAUUGUAUACAUUUAGAUUUUGAAAUUAAUAACAAAUCUUUAGCUGAAACCUAUUCUAUAGAUGAUGGUAAUUGGUUAUUUAGAGAAACAUUGUUAAAAUCACCAUUUAAAGUUGAAAAAUGGAUGCUUGAUGAAGUAGACAGAAUAAUAAAGAAAAUUACAAAGAAGAAAAAUGAAAAUUAUAUUGAAACGUAAUAAUUAUAUAUAUAUAGUUAUUAAUCGUUAUGUUCAUCAAUUUAAUAUAAUUAAUGGGAUGAUGUAGAAGAUGAUGAUGAAUAAUUAAAAAUUAUAGAAGAUUAUAGAUUUGAAGAAUUAUAAAAUGAAUUAAAAGGAAUAGACUAAAUAUUGUAAUUCAAUAAUAUAUCUAAAAGAUAAUGA